UUUGCCCCAAACCCAACCGCCGACUCUGUGCCUAUAAGUCUAUCGAAACAAAUCAUGUUGAAAGCUGGACACUACACGGAUCUGCUCCGCCAAGUGAACGAACUCAAACGCCAACUGCAUCUGGUCGAGGCGGAGCGCAAGGCGUGCGAGGACGAAGGCAACGAAACGAUCAAAAGGAACCAACAGCAGCUCAAUCGACUGAAACAAGAUGUGGGCGACAUCAAAUCGGAGCUGAGCGACACGGUGAGGAACACCCGGCAGAACCAUCCGUCGCAAUCCAGCCAAAUGGGCAUCCUCCAGGUCCUCAGAGCCAACAACAUUGACUACAGCAAAUACAAACUGACUAAAUCGGCUGAUGAAAUCCUCACGGAUCUCGACUGGCGCACUGCGGACCUCGUCAAACAGGCCGACUUAACCAAACAUCAAACGCAAAUGAUUUACCAGCGGAUCAACGAGAUCGACGAGCAGCUGGUCAUGGAGUCGGAUCCGAGCCGGGCCGAGAGUCCGGUGCCCGGCUUAUCUUCCGCCGCAUCGUCGCUCUUUUUAUCGACGGCCGGCAAAUCUGCAACGCCAGCAGCAGCCGGCGCCAGCACCUCAUCAUUCGCCAUGACCAAAAUGAUGGAUGAGGAAGCGACGCUGACGGAGAUUCAAAGCAUCCGCCAGAAGAUGGUCGAAGCGUACCACAUACAGCGCCAGUACAAGACCAUCCUGGACGUCAUUUCGGGCGAAAGGAUCGGCUAUGAGAGUCAACUCACCGACCUGGAGAAAAGCACCGCCGAUUCCAAACUGGAGGCCUCCAAACUCAAGGAGGUGAGAGAGGCGGCCAAGAGAGCCAGAGACAUGGCCAAGACGGAACUGCAGCAUCACGAAGAGACUCUAGUCGCCUCGACCAGGGAAACGGACCGCCUUCUGAGCGACUACAAGCGUCGUAUAGAGGAGAUGAAAUCGACGGCUUCCAACGCUUCCAACCGUCAAGUUCGCAACCCAACGAUGCCAAUGAGCCGCGUCACGCACCCUGCCGGGUCGACGGGUCACCUUUCCAACAGUUCGGCGGCCGCCGCCGGGGGAGGUUCUGCUGCCGCAGCUGAAGUCUCCCUGGCCGACCAGGAAGCCAGACAGGCCCUUCACGAAACCAAAAAGGCCAUCGAUCACUUGAAAUCCGUCACCGGUGCGGCGGACGUCCGUUCGACCAUCCGGAUCGUCGAGUCCCAGAAGGAAAAAUGCGACGAGCUGAGGCAACAGUUUCACGUCCUCCAGGAGCGCGUCCAGUAUUUAUCGCAGCUCAAGGAGACGCUGCUGGGCCGGCUGAACCAGCUGAUCGAGGCUCAGGCGGCCCAGUCGAGCAGCAACAGCACCCGGCUGACGCCGAGAUACCUCGAUGAAAUUUUCGCCGACGACGGGUCGCUAACGCCGCACUACAAGACGGCCAGCCUCAACGGCGAGUACCAGACGGGCGGCGGCGGCCAACACGGCGAAGACGGCGAGCAUCAGCAGAUGGACUGCAACGAGGCCCUGGCCUCUCUAGCCUCUGCCAUCACCAAGAUUUGCUCUCAAAUUCCAUUCGGGCCACCCGUCGAGGAGGCGAAUUAUCCGAGCGAGUCCGCCUCGAUGAACGAUCACCUGAACGUUCUCAAUCUGUUGGAGAGUAAGCUGUCGUCGCUGAUGGAACUCGUCAAGAGUCUCGACGCCAUCAAGGCCGAACCUUCAACGGUCAACGGCAACAACCCAACCAACAACCCAGACCUUCUCUACUCGCAGGUUGGUCAACUGUCGUUGCCCACCAGUCCUCGCUUGACCGAUCCGGCCAUCAAAUUGAUGCAGCAGCAACAGACGGCCGAAGGUGGAUCGGCGGCCGCUGGAGCUGGCGGGAUGACUGGAGCCGUGGCUGGCAGCGGCGCGGCCGUUGGAACAACGGUCGGACGGGCCGGCAAUCCGAAAUUGAGGGGAGCCAACGAGUCCGGCUCCGAUGAGGAUCAAGUGCCGACGCGAGGAUUCCUCAAACGACAAACUCGAAUCAUCGUCGACGCCAAAACUAAGAAACAAAAUCAACGGCCCAGAAAAAACGAUUAAAUCUGAACUGACAGUUUUCGGGGUGACGUGUGUAGUCGAUGUGUUUUUAUUUCAAUCAUUCGACAGCCGGAGAUAAUCGAUAAAAAAUUACGAAGGUAGAAAAUCGGGUAGAAUCAAAUCCUUUCAAAAUUAUUUUUUAUUGCUUAACCUUGUCAUAUUUUGGCUGAAAUCACAAAAAAACAAAACAGCAGCCCUCCCCCUUUUUCACCACCUGGGAACUCCCCUUUUACGUCAAGUAUUUAACCCUUUCCUUUUAUACAAAUAGAAAAAUAG